GUGAUUUGAUAGGACAAGAGCAGCGAGGGCACUAGGACCAAGGGAAAGAGCACACAUUGCUCUGUAUUAUGUCUGGCAAAGUGCUUCCUGACUGAGUGCUGCAGUUAUGUGUGAAACAAAGUCAGGGACUGACUAGUUCUCAUCUGUUGAUCACCGCUAACUUGAAGCCUCRGAACAGGGGGAAGCUGCCAGAUCUGCUCUCCGAGAUAAGGCGCUCGGACCCAGGCAGCAACUGGAAACUUUGCAGGAGCAGGAAACACUCUGGAAGGAAACUCUAAGAAAUGGAAUUGCUUUUUACUUAGAAUUAUAAGAGGAAAAAAUCAGAACUUGAGCUACAUUUUUUUCUCAACAGCAAAACAUGUUCUUCUCCAGCUAGGCUGGGAUUCUGCCUAAUAAAAGGAUCUACUUUAUCUCACCGGAUCCAUGCUCUCUUUUAUUACAGUAAGUGCAACAUUUAUAGGCAUUUUCUACUUUGUCUGCAAAUAGAGAAGAAAGCCUGAAACAGCAUCAGUGAAAUGUGAGGGGGGAACAAAAAAGAAAAUCUUCUUGGCAGAUAGCGAAAAGCAGCGCUCUGCCGCAACCCGAGCACUGGAAACCGAGAAGUGAUAUUUAACAUGACCAUCUGUACCAUUUUGUCACCAGCAGCAUGUUCCUGAGGAAGAAAUGCAGAUACGGCUCCCGUAAGCUGCACUUUCUGCUGCUGCUGCUGCUGCUGGGCUUCUUGCUGCUCAUGGUCACAACGCUGAGCCCGCCGCCCGGCAGCGUGCGCCAGGACGGGGCUUCGCCGCGCGUGGAGCCGAGCCACGGCGAAGGGCACGCGGGCGGCUUUGCGGAGCCCCAGGAGAUGCUGGAGGCGCAGGACGAGGGCCAGCAGGACUACCCCGUGGAGGGGCUCUCGCCCUUCAUCUCCCUGCGGGAGGACGAGCUCAUCGCGGCCGCCGUGUGGCCGGCCGGCCGGAGGGAGCACAGCAGGGCCAGGAAGGGCUACCGCGUGCUGCGGCGGCCGAGCCGGCGGCCGCAGGGCUCGCCGCUCGCCGCCCCGGCGCCCCACGAGCGGCGUCUCGGCCGGGACACGCGCGGCUCCCACGAGGCGCUCGGCGAGCGGCUCCCGCUGCGCAGGGAGCUGCCUGAGGUACGACACCCGUUGUGCCUGCAGCAGGACUAUGGCUCCAGCCUGCCCACUGCGAGUGUCAUCAUCUGCUUCCAUGAYGAAGCCUGGUCUACUCUGCUCCGAACGGUGCACAGCGUUAUGGACACGGCCCCGAAGGCAGCCCUCAAGGAUAUCAUCCUGGUGGAUGAUCUCAGUCAGCAAGGGCCCCUGAAGUCCGCCCUGAGCGAGUACAUCUCUAAGCUGGAUCGUGUGAAGCUGAUCCGGAGCAACAAGAGACUYGGAGCGAUCCGAGGCCGGAUGCUGGGAGCCGCCCGGGCGACUGGGGACGUGCUCAUCUUCAUGGACUCCCACUGCGAGUGCCACAAGGGCUGGCUGGAACCCCUCCUGGCCAGGCUGGCCAGCAACAGAAACAGUGUCGUCUCCCCGGUCAUAGAUGUCAUAGACUGGAAGACUUUUCAGUACUAUCACUCUGCGGGUCURCAUCGAGGUGUCUUUGACUGGAAUCUAGAUUUCCAUUGGGAAGCAGUGCCAGAUCAUGAGGAGAAGGUACGAGCGUCUCCCAUCAGCCCUAUCAGGAGUCCCGUGGUUGCUGGUGCAGUAGUGGCCGUGGAUCGACAUUACUUCCAAAACACAGGAGCKUAUGAUUCUGACAUGACCUUGUGGGGUGCAGAAAAUCUAGAGUUAUCUAUAAGGACGUGGCUCUGUGGUGGCUCUGUGGAAAUCAUUCCGUGCUCCCGUGUUGGCCAUGUCUAUCAAAACCACUUUCCCCGAGCUCUCUCCUAYGAAGAGGCCCUGGUGAGGAACAAAAUCCGGAUAGCAGAGACCUGGCUGGGUUCUUUUAAAGAGAAUUUCUACAACCAUAACACGGUGGCUUUCUUGAUCAGCAAGGCAGAGAAGCCAGACUGCAGCGAGCGCCUGCAGCUACAGAAGAGACUGGGCUGUAGAAAUUUCCAUUGGUUUAUAUCAAAUGUGUAUCCUGAGCUCUCCCAACCUGAAGACAUGCUAAAAUUCUCUGGCAAGCUUUAUAAUGCUGGCGUUGGCUCCUGUGCAAAUUACAGACCUGGAAGGGCCGUUGAAGAAGGCUCUAUUGAGCUCUCCCCUUGCAGUGACAGUCUCACCCAGCUCUUUGAAUAUAACAGCAUGAAAGAAAUCCGUCUGGGCUCGGCUCCGCUCUUCUGCUUCGGUGUCAGCCAGGGGCGCGUUAUCCCUCAGAACUGCACGGAAGAGCCAGGCAGCAGCCAGCAGCGCUGGGAUGUCCAGCAGAACGGAAUGAUUGUCCAUGUCCUUUCUGGCAAAUGCAUAGAGGCAGCGACGAGCGAAGAYGGAAAGGACUUGGUUUUGGGUGCAUGUAACAAGAGUUCCCAUCAGCUGUGGCAAUUUGAACAGUCCCACAUGCCACAGGAGAGAUGACCAACAGGUCUCUGAGCAAGAGAUCAAGUCUCCAAAAUUUAGCAUUACUUUUUCUGGGGAUUUAAGAUGACACAUUUCCAGCAUGGAAACUAAGGAUGUUGGCAUCUGCUCUAGUUUGCAGGGAAGUUAGGGAGAUGUCUCCUUAGGAAGCCUGGCUGAGAUACUUGCUGCAAAUUCCUGCAUUGCUUGACUCUAGCUACAAUUGCCAUUCGUUCUGUGAAGCAGGGAGAUAAGAUGCUUUGAGUGGCAACAGAUUCUCAGCUCUGCUGUUAGUGAAGAGAGUUUGCCCUGGAACAGCUGACUGCCAGGCAGCGUGUCUGUAGCACAUGUUGGGACUUCYGAGGAAACAGGAAAACAAAUGUUUGUGAAACUUUUUAUCAGAGGAAGUCAGCCAUGAUGAGAGUACGUUUUCUGUGCAUGAAAGUAGUAGACAUUUUCACGUGUAAUAGCUAAAAUACUGUUUUCCAAAUAGC